AUGAUUAUUCCUAUUCGCUGCUUCUCCUGUGGAAAGGUCACUGGAGACCUUUGGGAGCGCUACCUUCAACUGAUCGCAGAUCCCCGUAAGACCGAUGGCGACGCUAUGGACGAGCUCGGUCUCAAGCGAUACUGCUGCCGCCGUAUGAUUAUGACCCACGUGGACCUCAUCGAGAAGCUUCUCAAGUACACUCCUGACGGACGAAACGAGAAGAAGCAGCAAUUGAGCCAGAACGUAUAG